GGCGCAGAAACUCUGACCGGAGCAGGCCAUCCGCCCGUUUUGGCCCGGUGCCACCAGGAGGAGGGGCUGCAAUUCCCUGGAGCCCAUUAAAAAGCCAGGCUUAGGCUGGAACCAGGAGAAGAAAACAUCUCCAGGAGGCAGCAGCUAUCGGCGAGGCGGCUUCUUUUUCCAGCAGCGGGAACCUUUUCCAGGCUCUCCACCACAUCCCGGGAGAGAGGCCGACUGCAAGCCAAACUUUGAGGACAGCCUCCUGCGGAAGCGGCACGCGUCCCCCCGGGGUCGCCACAGAUACAGAGCUCAGAGGACUGAGCGGGGGCGCGCGCGCGCGUGUCUGGAUGAGGCAGCAGGAACCGUGAGCAGUCAAGCCUCGGCCACCCCCUCGCCAGCCCGCCUUCCCUCCCACCCGCUCCGCAAGAUGAGUGCUACGCUCCCGAGCCUCCUGGCCUCGCUGGCCGUCUUGCUCCUGGGGAGGAUGGACCGUCUUGCCGACGCCUGCAGCUGCUCCCCGGUGCAUCCGCAACAGGCGUUUUGCAAUGCAGAUGUAGUGAUCAGAGCAAAGGCUGUCUCUGAAAAAGAGGUGGACUCUGGGAAUGACAUCUAUGGAAACCCCAUUAAACGCAUCCAGUAUGAGAUCAAACAGAUAAAGAUGUUUAAAGGGCCAGAACAGGACAUUGAAUUCAUCUUCACAGCUCCCUCCUCAGCAGUUUGUGGAGUGACACUGGAUGUUGGUGGCAAGAAGGAAUAUCUCAUUGCAGGGAAAUCGGAGGGCAAUGGCAGGAUGCACAUCACCCUGUGUGACUUCAUCAUUCCUUGGGAUUCCCUCAGUGCCACCCAGAAGAAGAGUCUCAACCAGCGGUACCAGAUGGGCUGUGAAUGCAAGAUUUCCCGCUGCCCUUCCAUCCCCUGCUAUGUCUCUGCUCAGGAUGAGUGUCUGUGGACUGACUGGGUGACAGAGAAGAACAUCAAUGGGCGGCAGGCAAAACACUAUGCCUGCAUCAAGCGGAGUGAUGGUUCCUGUGCGUGGUACCGUGGAGUGGCUCCCCCUAAACAGGAGUUCCUUGACAUUGAGGAUCCUUGAGUCCCUAGGGCACCAGCAGCAUGGCUUGCAAGGAAUUAGAUUGGUUCACAUUUGACAUCACUUCCUGGAAACAGCAUGAAAAUAAAAUCUCAUGGGCAGGCCAAUAGUGGUGGGUGGAGAGUGCUAAGGAAGGGGAUGUUGAGGCCAUUCAUAUAUUGCUUAUUCUGCUUCCUUUCCUGUGCUGUUCCAGUGAGUGUCUUCUUACUCUAUGGAUUUUAGCAGCAACGUGCCAAGGUAUAAUGGAGGAAGCCAGUAUCAACAGUAUGAUUGGCUGAGAGGUGUUGUCUCUGAUUCUGGGUAGCAGGCCUACCAAGUUCUUAUUGUCUUGAGAGGACAUCCCUCAUUGUGAAGACAGCUCCUAACCCCCCCUUUCCCACUCUCCCACCUUCUGCCUGUGUCAAAACCCUUCUUCCUUCCUCAUAUGAUUCCACACUUACUGCUUUAGAGUCAUUCCUUUCUCUUAGCCACAUAUGCACAGACACAUGUAGUGGGCUGAGAUUAGACAUGCAUCUUGCGCUCCAUGAAAGGUGGUGGCGUGGUCAUCAGUCAUGGCAUCCUUUAGCACUGGCAAAAAAAAGUUGCAUUAUUUUCUAAGGACUAAGCAACCCUUUGAGAAUUGACUAUCAAAGUUUGGAAAUGGGGAGACUAAUCAGGUACAUAGUUAACAAAUAAUAUGUAACCUGGAAGAUAUAUGUGAGAUAUAUGCAGCUUCUAGCUUUGCAUCCUGAUUUGUCAAAUUUCAGUAAAAAAAAAAGUGUUCCAGGAUAUGGACUUAGUUCAUAUGCUUUAUCCACCUUCUUUUGCAUGCCUGUGCCAUCAAUGGAAUUCUGAUGUCACAGCCUCUCUUAGCCAGUUGUUAAGGUUUGCUAUUCCCACUAGGAUUUUGGUGCUUUGUGGACCAAAGGGGUUGUCACCUUCCUCCUCCUCCUGCUUCAAACUUCCUGGUACUGAAUGAUUUUCAAUCAGACCAACAUAGCUCCAAGCCCUGCCAUCUGCUCUAUGCAGAAACUAAUUAUUGGAACAAGAAUUCCCCAGAAGGCAAACAGUUAUGUUCUCUUCCCAAAUAUGUGAUUAGGAGAGCUGGCCAGUGGUAUACCUUUGUAAACUGUGAUUAUAAACGCUCCUUUGGAGUAAUGACAAAGCUUCUGUUGUCUGAAAAGAAGUAUUACUCAGCUCUUCUGUCUCCAGCCCUUUUCCCCCACUUCUGAGCCAGCCCUUCCUUUCCUGGGGCGCCCCAAGAUCUGUGUGCCACCCCUCUUUGCAAUUCUCAGACAUGGAUCUGAAGGAUACUCACACUUAUUCUUAGCCAGGCCUGCCCCCUGUGGCCUUUUCAUGCUGUUCAUCAAGGUAGAAUUUAAAGAUGUCAUACUGGGCCAGUCUGUUGAUUUCAAUAUAUUUUUAAAAAAAGAAAAAGGAAAAAAUCUGUUCAAUCCAGUAUAAGACUCCUGUUUUGCUUCCUGUACGGUUAUAUCCUAUGUGACAUUUACCUUUUCCUUUCUCUCUGUUGCUACUUUUUGAUUUUUAAUUUUUUCAAUUUGUUUCAGCAAUCAGUUGUAUCAUUCCUCUAUUACGUUUUUUUUUAAAAGAUGUCCUUGUUUAGCUGUUAGAUUUGCACUUAAUUACUUUGUAAAGGGGUUCUGCAUUGGAAGCUUUUAACAUACAGUGGGAGGAAUGUCAAAAUGUGCAGUGGAUCAUGUUCCUCCCCUUAUUCCUGAAUGCCGGAGGAAGCAGUAUUCCAUCCCUGCCUCCCUCCUCUGGCCUCUCCUGCAGCAUGCGCAAGUCUCCCCCCCCCCCCACCGAGGCUGGAGGGUGGUGGCAACACGUGACUACUUCUUGCUAGCCAAACUGCAGCUCUCAGCCUGUCAGCGAGCAAACUCGGCCAUUCAAGUAGCAGUGUGAAAAGCAACCCCUGAAAAAGACCUAUUUAUGGAAAAACAGUAUAAAACUCAAUUGGCUUAAUUUAUAGCUGUGGGUUUCAGCAUCACGCUGAACCUUCCCUAAAAGCACCCAUAACAGAAGUUUCCCCUCUAUGCCAGCAAUUCAAAAUAUUUAAAAAAUAAUAAAGAGUUUACAUUAUUUUCAAACCUUUGCUUAGUGAGUAUGAAAAAAUAAGUAACUUGCUGCCGUAAUUUAAAGCUUUUUGGGGAGCAGCUGGGGUGGGAAGAUUGUUUGGUGGGUAGAAUAAUAUGGGGUGGGCUGUUUUUGUUGUUGGAUUCUGAAAGCUGGGAUUUUCUUGUGCUGGGAACACAUGAAAGUUGUUGAAUAGACAAGCAGACUGUGCAUGUCUCUGACGCUUUGUAUAAUUCGUAUGUGGACACUUGAGUCUCCGGACAAUAAACAGUAUUAUCAAAGAAAA